ACACUCACUGCUCCUCCUUCAGAAUAAACGUUUUCCAAUUCCUCCCUCUCUCUCUCUCUCUCUCUCUCUCUCUCUCUCUCCCCCUCGAAAGCAGCUGACGGAACGGAAGGACAGCUACUCCCCGGCGCAUGCUAGCCACCUGUCACCUCUGUCUCCCUCUGUCUCCCUCCUCUCCUCCAUUGAUUGACGCUCUCAUUCACAUUCACUGCUCUCCCCUUCCCCCCCUCGUCCGUUUCACACUGGCGUGAUCUAUACUGUAGAUUGGAGAUAUAUUAGUAAGAAUGCGAGGGCGUCAUACUCAUGGUGAUGCCUUCUCGACAUACAAGAGGACAGCGCUUAGGGAAUACGUGGAUUCUUACAGGGAUGAAACCGCUGAUCACUUUGUGAAUGGAACUAGCAAAGAUAUCGGGAAUCCUUCAUGGAGGCGAUCCUUCCCCCAUGUGCUUGUGGCUGCUCUUUCUUCAUUCCUGUUCGGUUAUCACCUAGGGAUUGUUAAUGAGACAUUAGAAAGCAUUUCUUUGGACCUUGGUUUUAAUGGAAAUGUAAUGGCUGAAGGUUUAGUCGUAAGUACUUGCUUGGGUGGUGCAUUCGUUGGAUCACUACUAAGCGGUUGGAUUGCAGAUGGGGUUGGCCGUCGCAGGGCGUUUCAGCUAUGUGCUUUGCCUAUGAUAAUUGGUGCUGUAAUGAGUGGCACAACGAAUGACUUAUGGGGUAUGCUUCUUGGAAGAUUGUUUGUCGGAACUGGGAUGGGACUUGGGCCUGCUGUUGCUGCUCUCUAUGUAGCAGAGGUUUCACCGACAUCUGUAAGGGGUACGUUUGGAAGCCUCACUCAGCUUUCAACUUGUGUUGGAAUAUUGGCAUCUCUACUAAUUGGAAUCCCAGCUAAGGACAUUGCAAAUUGGUGGCGGGUUUGCUUUUGCAUAUCUGCGUUUCCUGCUGCAGCAUUAGCUAUUUUGAUGGAAUUCUGUGCAGAGAGUCCUCAUUGGCUUUUCAAGAGGGGAAGAGCUGCUGAAGCUGAAAUCAUGUUAGAGAAACUUUUCGGAGGAUUGUAUGUUAAGUCUGCUAUAGCAGAAUUGUCCAAGGGUGACAGAGGAGAUGGAGCAGAUACUGUAAAAUUAAGCGAGCUACUCUAUGGUCGCUAUUUUAAAAUGGUUUUCAUUGGAUCUAUCCUUUUUGCUUUACAACAGCUUUCGGGGAUAAAUGCUAUAUUCUACUUCUCUUCGUCCGUCUUCAAAACUGUUGGUGUACCGUCUGAGCUUGCCAACAUUUUUGUCGGGCUGGCAAAUUUAUCAGGGUCAAUCUUUGCUAUGAUAUUGAUGGAUAAGCUGGGAAGAAGGGUUCUACUUCUUUGGAGUUUUAUGGGUGUAGCAUUCUCGAUGAGUGUUCAAGCAAUUGCAGCAAGUUCCCUUGUAUCAGGUUCUGCAGCACUUUAUAUGUCAGUUGGUAGCAUACUCCUGGUUGUCUUGGCAUUUGCUCUUGGUGCUGGUCCAGUUCCUGGGCUUCUCCUAUCAGAAAUAUUUCCAAACAGAAUCAGGGCUAAGGCGAUGGCGAUUUGCAUGGCUGUGCAUUGGGUGAUAAAUUUUUUUGUUGGCCUAUUGUUUCUGCACUUGCUGGAGAAAAUGGGGCCUGUACUUCUGUACAGUAUUUUUGCUGGUUUCUGCAUAGUAGCAGUAGCAUUUGUCAAGAAGAAUGUGUUGGAAACUAAAGGGAAGUCGCUCCAAGAAAUCGAGAUCGCCCUUCUUCCUCAAGAAUAGUGGUUGAGGAAUUGGAUAAGUGAGCGAAAACUCCACCGGCUCUUCACAUUAUAUUUGUAAUUCUAUGUCAAGCAGGAUCAACCUUGUGAGAUAUGAGGUAUAUGGACAACUCCACCAGAGUUUUUUGGCCGGUUCUCUUACUCGGGAGGUUUAUCUCUCUUACUUGGAGGUUUAACUGCAUUCGCGGAGGGUUUUACCUCUUAAAUAUCUCUUACUCGGGAGGUUUAUCUCUCUUAUUUGGAGGUUUAUCUGCAUUCGCGGAGGGUUUUACCUCUUAAAUAGGGAGUCUGACUUUUUUGUCAGAGGGUAACUAAUGUAUGUAAUGGAGGUGUGUAUUUAUUUUCAGAUAAUAUGCUCACCAUCCGAAUUCUGUAAUACUUGAUUGUCACGGUAUCCUAAUGAACUUUUUGCACAAACCUGCUGUUCAUAGCUGAAUGGAGCCUAUAAGGGUACGAAUUGAGAUUCCAAAAUAAACGCUUAUCCACCAGGGUUUGUGA